AUGCAACCAUGGGUCCAUACCAAACUAGGCCCUCGAGUUAAAUUUCACGCUCCAGCAGCCCAGCGAGCUCCAUACUCUGUUUGGGCUAUGGCAGGGAACGAAAUGCUGAGAUCAUACAGAUACAGGGAUGCCUUUGGUGUACAUGCCUCCCGAUUUUUAAUGGAUAAUGGCAAAUUGAAAUUUGCGAAAUGGGACUGGAAACCGCAGCAGGGCAAGGCAAGUCUAGUUUGGGAAGAAGCUCAAGAUCUUUGGGAUGCAAUUACCUCUGGCAAUGGGCUUGAGUGGGAGCUUAGUGUGCAGAUCGUGGAUGAAAGCCAGGCCUUUGCUUUCUGCUUUGAUACCCCAGACCCAACUAGGUACGUCCCAGAAGAACUUGUUCCUGCCACGCCACCCGAAACGUUCCGACGUGACCACAUUGUUCUAAGACACGACUUCAGUGGACCAAACUUUGAGCAUCCUCCCAUCAACCGGCCCUUCGUCAACGUCCAGAACAACCGAGACUUUGCAGCCCAAAACUUCAUCCACCUAAACACAACAGCAUACUCCCCAAAUAACCUCAAGAACGGAAUUCCAAACAAGCCAACCAAACUACGCCUAUUGCAACCCCGCCCCUUCUUCGACCGCCUCGUCCCCACCGGGCAACAACUCCUCAUUAACGCAAUACCUUUCGUAGUCUCCCACUUGAAAUCCACAAUCUUUAAGUCAAGCGUAAUCGUCCAGCUCAACCGCUUUCCAUACUUCCUGUCUGUUGCGGGCUUGAAUGUUGGUGCCCUUGCGCCUGUCAACUCGUCUGGCUCACUCGUCCAAACUUCUUCCUUCACGAGGGCUUUUGCGUCCCAGGGCGUCAACGUGAUAGUAGGUAGUAAGGUCCAACAAGGUGCUAUAAACCAGACCUAUAGUGCGGCAGGUCCUACUGAAUUUGGUGGUAUUAUCGUUGCUACCGGAGCCGAAAGUCUGUUCAUAAGUAGGAGCUCUUCGACAUUCUUCCCAGCUAAUCGGCUACUGCAAAUCCUGGUUGAUGGAUAUAGGUUGGAAAAGCCAGUUCCUGGUUCUUCUGUUGUGAUUAAAAUUGCGAGUAUCGCGACGCCGGGGGUGUAUGUGAGUAAUGGGGUAAUGUCCGAUGAGUUGGCGGCGUUCAAAUUUGUUGACAGUUUUCCUAUCGAUAGCUGA